CAACAGAAGUCAAGCAUUUUUCCGAGGGACGUCAAUGAUUGCAUGGCGGGUAUGAAAUCAGAAACACAAGAUGCCUUGGAGAGCGGUGCAAAGCAACAUUCGAUAUUCCCAAGAUAAGGAUUUAGUGCCGCGAGUUCACGUCCCUCCUAUUUCAGUCUAUACCAAGGACUACAGCCGGUCAUCGCACAGUUCCAAAUUGCGACAAUGUAUCGCCGAAAAGGACAUACCCGACCCGGAUUUCUGCCGCCGACCAGUCAACCCAUUUUACAGCUUAUCCUCGAGCCAAUUCAAAUUCAUGGAUGAUCACCACUCGAAAGAUCUAGAAACCGAGUAUCGCAAAAAAAUCAACUUCUUCAGGCAACUAAGGCAUCAAUCUCAAAUUUUCACGGAUUAAUAGACAUACUCUCUAAAUCAAACAGUAUUCAAUAACCAGCCAGUUUCCAACCAAACUGGUCCAUAUUAAA